ACAGCGGGCCGCGCCGCGGGGCGGGGACGCUCCGCCUCCCGGGGAGGGCCGUCGCCAUGGCGGCGGGCCGGCGGCUGGUGGCGGCGGCGGCGCGGCGGAGCUGAGGAUGAUCUCGCGAUACGCGCGGAAGCCGGUGUCCCCCGGCGCUCUGGAGAUACAAGGAGUUCCAAAACAUGCCUUGCGGCAUCAUCCUCCGCCGGAGCCACAAGCGGAGGUGUGCGCAGCCGCACCCGCGGCUGGAAACGACAGCGAGAUCUCCAGGGAGCAGAAAGAAUCAGAUGACCCUUCUGCUGCUCCGUCCGAUGAUGGGAAUUCAGAGUCUGCUUGUCAGAGUUAUGCUGACACCUCCACCGAAGACAGCUCAGUCCUCUCCUGGGGCUAUGAUGAAUUUGAUAAAGCUGCCACACAACAGGUUCAGCAAAUGUUCAGACAAAUCGAUGAGCUUCUCUAUGAGCAGAAAGAAAAUGUGCGUGUCGAGGGACUGCGGGAAGAAUGUCACCAGUGGGCAUCCAACUUCCCUCAUCUCAGGGUGGUGGGGAAGCAGAUGGUGAUCCCCACGGAUGAAGGGUAUGGAUGGUAUUCGAGUUCACCUUCUGGCAGUUUACGUUCCUCAGAUGUGAGUUCACCACGAGAAAAAGAUUCUAACGAAUUCAGUGUUUUUGGCAAGAAGGUACCUCUUUCUGUUACUCCUGUUCACAAAAAGGCUGACCGUUCCAAGUCUCCGACCUUGUGUUCUCCAGAGAGCGAAGAAGGUGAAGACGGAGUAAUUAUCUCUGAAGGCGUAAUGGAGGAAUAUUUAGCAUUUGACCGCAGAGACGUGGAGGAAGAGUUGCAUGAGAAGAAAAUGGGACUGUCCUCUGGUAGACGGAAAUUGGGGUUUCCUCCUCUGUCCCCAUAUUACUGCAUGAAGGAUUCUGUGCUCACAUUUGUGUUUGAUGAUGUCUGGAGUGAAGUCCUAGGCUGCAUGGAAGAAUUAAUCUGCAGGCACUGGGAAGCGUCAGCCUCUGAUGAUGAGAAGAAUAUCAUAACAGUAGGAACAGUCAGAGCAGGUGCAGGAAGCCCUUUGCAGUUUGACCCUCUGCCGGCAUUGUUACCUCGUGUGCCGCAAACUAAAACGCUCUCAUUGACAUCAAAUCUGAGCCCAAAAACCAGAUGUGGCCGCAAAAGCAAAAAGAGGACAAAAACACCUCAAGUAAAUCUCUCUCAAGGGUCAAGUGGUGGCUCUCAGCAUAAUCUAAAUGGCUUGAUGGUGAUACAUGGGAUCCAGUUACAGCAAAGGCACCUGCCUGUAAUGGAGAAAACACUGGAUCUGGAUGACAGAUGGCCAGGCUCCAGUUCCAUCCUCUCUGGCAGAGUGUGGCCAAGUCGUCCUCUUGAGCUCAGCACAUCAUCGCUAUCACGUUCCACAAGAAGGCGAAAGCCACCGCCACGUACCCUGCACCCCAUCAACACCAGCCACUCUCGUGCUGGGACCCCCGGGGCUGUCGACGACGUCUUCAGGGGAACGCGACUUCUGACUGCACAUGAGCAGCUGACCUCACCCUCCCCACUGCUGCUAAACCGAAAAAAUCUCCUACCACCUAUUACUACCACCACCGUGGCAGAGCACACGAGCACUGAAGGAUGCCAGAGGCAAAUGAAACCUCGAGGGAACUCAAGUCGAGCCCACAGUGUAACAACACAUGAAGAUACCCACCAGCAGCUUCAGGAGAGGCUUUUCUUACCUGAUCAUUUCUCCAGGCUUAACACAACCAACACAUUACUGCCAGACCCACAGCACCGCCGUUCUUGCACUGUUACUGAUUAUAGCAAUCAAUCUUGGACAAGCAGAGGAUCGACAGGUUCAGGUCUUCAGCUGCGUGGUUCUGUGAAAGGUGAGAAGUGCAUCAGUCACAAAAAGUAAACAGGGGUUGUGACAUGCCCUGAAGUGCCCAUCUGUCCAUCUCCAGAGUCAGGAACCACCUCUUGUUCUCAGCAAUUCAACAUUGUUUACAGAGAGUUCUCAAACACCCUUCCUUAUCAAUAAUUAUUUUUGUAUAAACCUAAGAAGCAGCCGCCAAAGAUUAGAAGUGGUUUACUUAAACAUUCCAUUUUCUACCAGUAGUUUUACUCCAGUAGGAGGGUGAAUACACUCCAGUGGACAGUAAAGUCCUAGAAAACCCAGCAAACGCUCUCAGUUGUUGCUGUUUUCCCAGUACUGGCUUGUGACUGACUCAUGUUACAGACAAGUACUGCAGAACCUGCUCAUUUUUCCAUUAGCUCUACAGAACACUAAUCAGGCCUUUCACAGCAGUAGUAACUUGAUUUUUUUAAACUGUAUUUAUAUGUUUAAAGCAAUAUUAUUCUACCAAAAGCACGCACUGAACGUGAUACUGCUUCUACAACUCAGCUUAGUCAAGUUAUGAAUCCUGUAGUAAUCGCAGCAGAUAUUAACACAGUUGUGUAAAAAUAAGGUAGCAAAGCAGCUGAACAGAACUGACAGCUUUAACGGUAGCAUACCACUGCCUUUUCCUGUGUUACACACUUAUACCUCUUCCUCAGUGACUGAAGAAGAUUUAAGAGGCAAAAAGGAGUGUCUUACUCCAAGUAGUUCUGGACACUAUGCAAAGAAAGUGACGUUGUUUUCCUGGUGAGAUAUUCUAUGGUAAUUUCACAGAAUAGGUCAGUCUAAAAAUACCUGCAAUUAUACAAGAUUUCUGCGCUCCACCAUGAAGUUCCACAAUUCGCAGAUGCAACAUAGCUUUUAAUAGAUGUAUUCUGCACUGUGUGGCAGACAUACCACGGGUAUUAGCUGUAGUUGCUCCAAAUAAAAGAAAAACACAAAAUACAAGCUUCUCAAAAUGAGAGAUUACUUGAAGGUCUUACUCCCAACCACUACCAGACUACAAGUGUAAAGACACGGUGGAACAACCACUUACUGUAUUUUAACAAAGUCAGGACACUGCAUGAAAACAGUUGUUCCUCUAAAGAGCAAUUCAAGAGCACUUUUUUUCUAAAUUCCCUUAUAAAUAUUUUUCAAAUUACAGCUAAUAAUGGAAAAAAAAACCAACUUGUCAGUAUUCUUUAUGAAGUGGCUCCCCUGUUUCCCCACUCUGUGUUAUGCAUCCUGUAGGUACCUAUUAACGGUACCUACAGAACAGCUAAUUAUUUUAAUAUUGAAGUUCUUGAGUCCAGUUGAUACAAGUCUGCUCUGAUCAAAAAUAAGGGAAAAGAAAGCAAAGUAGAACUGUGCAAAUGUAACUGGGUUAACUUUCCUUUGCAUUUCUAGAGGGGUAAAAAGAGCUCUGGGCUCAAACUAAAUCUCUUAAAUUUGCAUGGAGAUAAUCUGAUGCUAAAGAGAGGCCUCUACUCACUAAACCCUUUCAAAAGACCGUUUCUCUUAAACCGUAAAGACUACUGGAACAUUGUACAAAGUGUCAUUUUGUUAUCUCAAGGUAACUGGAGAUAAGCAUCCCCUUUGUAUCAGUGCCAUUCCUCAGGGAGCCCCAGUGCGUAAGUUACAAAAAUACACCAAUAGGCUUCUAGUAACAUAAUGCAGUAUUUCACAGCCCAGAUGAGUCGGUGUGCUAAAAAAGCGAAAGCAUUCUCAUCAUAGAAUAGGUUUUUCUGUUUCUGUACAGAUGGUUGAUGUAAGAGACUUCUCCUGGGCUGAUAGAUAUCUAUUUUGUAUAGUGAAAGUAACGUUCCUGUCUUGUGUUAGGCAACAUAAUGAUUUGCUGGACUCUCAGGGUCAGAAGAAUUAUGAGCAGCCAAAUAAAAGGGAACAGAGUUCCCAUCCACCUCUGGCUUCCACCAAGGAAGCUCUAUUAAACGGUCUGUUCCUGAGCCCACCAAUGCAGCAGCAAGGACCUCGACCCACAGCCAGUGUUCAGCCUGUGGCUCGUAAGCCUUUGAAAAAUGACCCACGAAAUAAAGCCAGCCUCAUGCCGUUGGGCUGUAGUACGUUGAAAACAAGUUACCCUUCAAAUUCAUACCCCAGCACACUAUGUCAAGUGGAUUAAAAAUAGCUAAAGCAAAAACCUUUAAACCGUUGGCACAUCUUACAGAAGCACUUUGCUUACAAAAUAACAGAAGUGUUGACAAAUACAAUGAAGUAGCUCAUCACUACCAUCCUCCAGCAGACUUGACGGUGACGCUGUUGAACUAACAUGCACUACAUUUCUAAGCUUUGAAACGCCUUGUCAUCACGAACCCUAGAAAUACACAGAACCGACUCUGUUCUGUGCAUUUUCAAGUUUAUUACCUCACAUCAGCAUGUUGGAGAACUUCUGCGUAGUCACACACGUGCUGUGGCCUCACAUUCUUCCUGUGGCAUCUGCCACAGGAAAUCAAAGACCAAACAGCCCAUGGCCCUCUCAUCUACCAGCGCUGAUGCCACAGUUAACAAUGCAGCCACGUUUCCUGGUGCUAUAGGAGUAUGUAGCAGUUGCUUAAUUUACAUCACUCGGGAGAGUCAACACGGUCAGUUUGUUUUGAACAGCUACUUAGAAAACAUAGAGGGCUUGGGAAGCAACAUAGCACAGAAUUCUGCAAAAACUCUUCAUUUAUUAAAUCUGCCAUUUUCCAAAGUAUCUUUAUAAAUACACCCGAAUGUCCAAAAAACACCCGUUGAGCUGAACUGCAAAGCCUUUUAAAAACAGCAGGAGGUUUGUUACAGAAGAAAUGCAUGAGUAGCGAGAAGAUAAGGCUUCCAACUUGGAAACCGCGGGAGUCGGCACUGAGGACUCUCAAAGGUGUGGAAUGGCAUCGUUUUGCCAUCAGCUGCACCGAUACCCAUUAGCGGUUUGGACAGAAAGUGCUUCAGCUCAAGUUUAACAAGCAUCACAUGCAUUCCUUGCUGUAACAACACUUUUAUAGUCAAGAAUCUGACCUUCACCGAAAAGCUCCCAAAGGACUUUAAACAGUAGCACCAGAAUGCUUUGUCUGUUUUGUUCACGAUGUGUUCUGCAUCAUACCUCCCCAUCACAGCAAAUUGACGCGCACACACUCCGAAACAGAAGUCCAGAAAAACUCUGGAAUUCUCCCAUAUCUACAUGUUCCCGUACAAAAUGAUACCUGAUAUCUCAGCCUACACAAUUAUUUAUUUCUUUCCUUUCUUGGCUGUAGUCUUCUUCCCUCCUUUUUUAGCAUCGUUCCCAUACUUUGCUUCCAGUUGGGCCAAAAAGUCAUCCAUCUCCUUUUUUCGAUCCUUAUUUCUGCUCUAGGGGAGGGGGAAAAAAAUAUAUUAAAAAAAAAAUCAAACACCACAACUUUUACUACUUCCCAAUACAGAUUAUUCUGUUGAAGUUAGAUAGCUACAUAAAAUCUCAGCAUAUAUUAAGCAAGGAACACAAGCUACAGGAGGUAUAGCACUGUCAAGCAAGACCCUACUUGUAUACUCUAUACUUCCCCAAGUAUCAAGACAGAGGUAAAGAGUGGCUAUAAAAAAACCCCACAACAUAAGGCUAGGAAAGCAAAGUUAUUUCUAGUUUAGACCCCAAACUAUUAUAAUUUAAGGAAUGAUUAGGCAUGAACAUUCUAGGAAGCCUGUGGAAGAAUGAAAAAUGAAACAGAAAACAUCCCCCAAAACAGAAUGUGAACGGUAUGUUCCUUUGUAAGUUAAAUAUUUUGACUGUGUGCGCAAUAAGGACAAGCAAAAGACACAAGUAAUGAAAACCAUACCUUACCCAUAGUUAACAUGAAGAUCAGAUUUUAACUUCAGGAACUCAGAAGAGUUACAAGGAUCCAAAAUACAAAGAUGCUCAGGGAAAACACAAUUAUAAGCCAGUAACAAAAUUAUCUUUAACAGAUACAAAAAGCCUUACUUGAAUCAGCGCUUUCAAGUCAUCUUCUCCACCAAGGCCCAGUUCUUCCUUAGUCUUUUCUGCCUCUCUAGCUUCUUUUUCUGCCUAAAAUAGCAAAACAGUUAAAAAGUAUUUCGCAUGUUAUUUGACAAAGUCUCACAGUAGUUACCAAACACUUUAUUUUGCGUCUGUAUAGAAAUAGCUGCAAGGAAACACAAACAAUGUCCCAGUCUGGCCACAGGUGAGAGAAAGCCUGUUCUGGUUCUGCAGUUUAGCAGAGCGAGAAAACAAACAACACAGCCACCAUCUCCAGGGUGGAGAAGAGGUGCAUUUACUACAGAAUGUUAUUUCACGCUUGUCAGAAGGCAAGCAUAAUAUAUUUUCACCCCACCUACACUUCUUAACUUCAGCAACUCACGGCUCCGUGAGUAGAUGCGCUGACAUGCUAAACUGUAAUAAGCCAUUGUAUGUAAUAAUGCAAUAAAAGAAAGAUUUAAUAGGCAACAAAAGCUUUCACAAUUUGGGGGUGUCGGGGUGGAGAACACAGGUGGCUGAACGUGAAAAUCAAAGAUACUGAGCAAAACCUGUAACCAGUGGCGAGUAUUUGUCUUAAGAACGGUUUCAUUUAUUUCUACCAAGGGACAUUAAAAGCUUAUAAUAAAGAAUGUUUCCCUUUGGUGCCUGAUUGACAUAA